GGACUACCUUUGCACCCACUGACGUAAACGUUCGAGUCCGCGUCCGAGUUCACACCGAGUCACCGCUCGUGACCGAAUGGAGCCUCCGGAACCCCACCCAGACUUACAAGAAGAAGAGGGAUUGCGGCCCGCAAAGCGGCAACGCAGCUAUCGCGAGGAGGAGCUCGUGCCCGCCGAUAAUGUGAAGGCUCCUCGAGAGGUGCCCGACGACCCUGGCUUGCUUUCGCUACCGGAUCUUAUCAUUUGGCGCAUCAUGGGAUUUCUGGACGCCACUGCACUGGCGACAAUGAACGAAACUUGCAAUUUCUUUCGCAAGACUGACCAGAACGGGCUAAGCCUGUCCAAUCGCGUAGCCAAAGAUAGGCUGCAGCGUAUGUUGGGGCCCAAGCUGGCCGGUCGUUGGCGGGGAUACAGCUGGCUGCAACGGCUGGCUAUUGAGGAGACCGUAACCCAGUUCGACAUGGGGCAGGUGGUCAACAGCGUGGGAAACGCGGAGCCGUUCACGUUCAAUGACGUGAACGGCGUGACGGAAAUCAGGCUGGAGGCGCCUGGACCCCGCAUGCUGGUCAGCGAUAAGUCGACUGCGGACUCGCCCAUCCUGCGCUGGAAGCUCAUGCUGCGCGGGAACAACGCAGCCGAGUUUGGAGUUGUGCCGCUGGAGAUGCAGGACAUGCACAAGGCGCUGCACAAGUGCCAGCCCAGCGCCACCCACAACGAGCGCGCCACGGGCUUCAGCUCCGCCAUCACGGUGGGCAGUCUGCUGCCGGCGCGGCUACCCAUGAUGAAGGGCAGCGUGGUGGAGGUGCUGGUCACGCCGCGCGAGGUGGCGGUCAUCGUGAGCAACCCCGCCGACGGCGCGGAGAUGGUGUGGCAGAACAACGCCACCGUGGCGCGGCCGUACACGGGCCCCCCUGAGCUGCGCCUGGCGCUGACCACCCACUACAAGUCGCCCAUCAAGCUGGCCGUGACGGCCUGGCAGCGCGCCACCUUUGACGUGCUGCACACGCUCACGCCCGAGCAGCAGGCAGCCUACCUGGCGCAGCCGGUGCGGGCGGCGCCGCCCGCAGACCGGGCGCCCAUGCCGCCCGGCAUGGCGGCGGCGGCGGCCGCUAUGCAGCCGCUGCUCCAGGCGCUGGUCGGCGGACAGCCGGCAGCGGCGGCGGCGCAACAAGCGGCGGUGGCGCAGCAAGUGGCGGCAGCGCAGCAAGUGGUGGCGGCGCACGCGGCUCAGUUGGAAGCAGUUCAAAUGGCAGCGGCUGAGGCAGCAUUUGCCGCUGGGGCGCCGCCGCCGCCGCCGCCGCCGCCGCCGCCAGCACCUACAUCGGCCCCCUCGGCUGCCCCUCGUCAGCCGUCUGCGGCCGCACAUGCACGAGCUCGUGCACAGCCGGAUGCAGUGCCGGCGGCUGGGCCGCAGCCCGUGCAGGCGAUGCUCGCAGUGCCGGUGAUGUUGAUGCCGGUGGCCGGCGUAGUGCAGGUGCCGGUCGCGGCGGCGGCUCAGGCGGCGGAGGCGGCGCCCGAGGCUGAGCCAGGCAUGGGCUGAACACGUGAGGCGCACGGGCUGUCGGCCAGGCUGAGCCGGCCCUGCAAACACCGGGACUGCCUGGGCGGCCGCUGGUGCAUUGCAUGUGUAUGACUUCUGGAUGUAGUAAGAGCGCUGGUGGUGGUGAGAGCGCUGGUUUUGAAGCAGGUGCGGCAUUUGAAUUGUUUGAGCACACAUGCAUCAUCAUGGCAGGACUUUGCAUUCUCUUGGGCGGUGAAGGGAUGCCAGUCACUAGUACGCCUGUCGGCAGUUUGGUUGUGGCUCCGGGUCGGGCGGCCAAGCAGCAGGAGCGUCCGUGCGUGUAGCCUACCAGUCCUGGCGCCCGCCGGGCAGCAGCAACCGGCCUCCGUCCCAGCUGCACGCCCCCGAGGCCUUGUGUUGCGGGCCUGAUUGAACGUUGCAUUUGAUACUGCGUUGUAGUAAUGGCAGUCCUUGUGAGGCGCGGUGUAUGGAGGUUGCAUCCUGUAUGUUGACCUGGGCGCUUCAUUGCGCUAAGCCAAUCGAGUUUUCACAGGUUGAGAGCCCCCUCACCCCGGUUAGUGCACGUGCUUGAGUGCUGUGCCGCAUUAGGGUGGAAGCCUUUGCACGCAUGUGCAGCGCUGGCCUAUUGUGUUGCAGAGCAUCCCGUCAACUCACACAGUUUUGCUCGCGGGCCGGAAGUGCACGUGUGUGUGGAGCGGUAGCGCGCUUUAGUAUGGUAUCUACGUGCCGUUGCCGCUUGUGUGGGUGCGUGUGUGGGUUUGGUGGUAAGGACAAACGGCGCUCCCGGCUUCGGGCGAGAUUGCAGGAGUCAGCGCUGCCCCUGAGGAUAGGAGACGUGUGUGAGGUUCACCAAUUCACUACAGUGUCCAAACAUCUGGUGUGGUGGCUUUGGGAUGGCGGCGACGCCUGAGGUGGAGCGGAAGGGUUGGGAGGUCGUGAAAGGGUCAAGGGCUGUCAGGUCAGUAACCAACUGCCACAUUGGUAUUGGGGGGCAAGCGCCCGCGGUGCUCCGGCAGAGGACCCGCUGUGCUCCGGCUCCACUCGAGCUGCUGCUGGCGACACGACACGCCACUCAUGUGGGAGGAGAGGUCGCUUGGGACGUAUGCGACUACAAUGCAAUAAGAUGUUCACGGCUGUUGCCAAACUGGUUAUUGUGAUGUGUUGCUAGGGCGCAAGUACUGUGGGGGUGCUCUGUGACAUCAGAGCCGGUGGCCUAUGUGCACUGAACUGUGCGGCGCAUGGCGCUUGCGCCGCGUGCCGGCAGCGCUGCCACCCCUUGCCUCCCGUGUGGAACGCGGCACCGCGCCAUGCCGUGCCCUGGUGCCUGUAACAAACAUGCACU